GAGUAAUACAUCUCCCAUAAUAGUUGUCAAUUUUCACUUCAUUUCCCCCCCCCAACUAAACAUGCCAGCCGCCCUCUCCCCUUCCCUCACUCCCUCUCUCUCCUCCGAGGCCCACUCGCCCAUCCUCCGCCUCCCUCCAGAACUCAUUGACCACCUCCUCACCCUCGUCCCCGCCUCUCUUCUUCAGCUAACGGCCCUUUCCCUCCUCAAAGUCUUCCCGGAACACAACAUCUCCAAAAGACAUCUAUGGAAGCAUAUAGUAGUCUAUAGGGCCGGGCAGUUGAUGCCUCUUUGGAAAAAGCUGAAGGAAAAUGAGGCGAUGAGAGUUGGAGCGAGGACAUUUGCGUUGCAAAGCUGGCAAGGGGAUGCUGAUAUUCUCAACAACGUGAUGCGUCGGCUGGAUAAUAUCAAUACGCUGAUGCUCAAUAUCGGCACGAACUUUGCGCCGGAACAUCUUCAAGAGAUGUUUGAGGGGCCACGUAUGAAGUUGGAGAGGAUGGAGUUGCGGUUCAGGCCGUAUGUGGAGCAGGCGAGCUAUUAUCAGUUUUUGGCUGGGUCGUAUUUUGAUACAGCUAUAGAGACACUCACAAGGCAAUGGCCUGUCUGUCCCAACUUUACGCAUAUCAGUAUUGUCCAAGACCUCCCACCUCGCUCAACCGCCCCAAACACUGCGCGUAACUCUGCCACUUCAUCACUGGCCAGUUCUUUCGCCGAUCUGCGUAUGGCUAAUACAGCGCCCGCUUCAACCGCUCCUUCGUCCGAUAGUGAAGAAGCCUCUGGCGUGUCUACUCCACCUACUUCGGUAGAUGACCCCGACCUGAACCCUACUGACGCCGGUCGGUCAAAAGCAUACACCGGUCAUGGUCCGUUUGGAAAUCCGUUCUUGAACGAAAAGCUUGGGAUCACUCGACCAAAGCAUUUUGCCCAACCGAUCGUAUUCUUUGACAUACAGUGUUUGGCAAACUUUGGGGCUGCGGCUGUAGCGGCCAAUUUGACACAUUUGAGGUUACGCGUCCCUUCGAGGGAUUUGGCGAGGGUGUUAAUCAUGCCGCCUCCGAGAGGGAGUUAUAAUCAGGCGUUAUUCCCAGAAUUGAGGUAUCUGGAUAUAUCCACGACCAACGUUCGUCUCGACACUACACUCUCAGCUCUUCUCAAGCAAUACUCAAAGCUUGAACAUCUUGUCCUCGACCGUGUCAACCUCUUUGGGUUUACGGCCCGUGAAAAGGGGUUAGAGUUGUGCAACGAUCUAGGCAUGGUGAUUGUCAACGCUGGUUUGACAAGAUCCAAAGAGAAGGAAAGACAGAUUGCAGCUUGGGAAGUGGCAGAGCGUGUGCGGAUGGCAGAGGCUACUGCAGAAGCUGCCAGGCAGGUCGAGGUCGGUCAGAGGGAACAAGAUGAGCAUCAAGGCGAUAGAGAGACGGAAGAGGACAGGAGGGCGAGGGAGGCGCAAGAGGAGAUUCAGAGGAAUCUCGAAUUGAUGCGGUCCAGGCGUGGGCACCGGUCUGCGGCUCAUUCAACAUUCUCUUUACGAGAACGUCGUCGCGCAGGCACAUCCGCAUCUACCGCUUCAUCAUCAGCCAACAACCUGCCCCUCCCCCCUCAGGACAAGCUUUACAUGGUUCUCCCACCAUUACCGACCCUGAAAACCAUCUGUAUUGGUGGUGAAGCGCAUACCUUACCGGCGAACAAGGUCGCACAGUGGGAAGAUCAAUUUCAUGCCGGGUGGAUGGAAGGUCUCGAGAGGAUAUUGGGAUGGGCGACCCAUUUGGCAGAUAAAUAUGAUCGAGGGAAAAGGAAGGCGGAGGAGUGGGUGGUGAAGGAGCGAGGGAAGAAUGGAAGCGGUUCAAACUCUACUACUGGUACAGGCGGAAGUAACGCUGCAAAGGGAAGGGGGAAGGGUAAAACCUCUUCGUCUUCCUCUUCUGCUGCUGCUGCCAAAGUACUUCCGAAACCGCCCACCGACAUCCGCCUCUUCCGUUUCCCUCUUCCUUCCGAAACCAUUUCCCGUCGUAAUAAUGAAGGCGAAGAAGAGAAUGACGAGACUGAACAUGGGAAACCGGGGCCGUUCAAUCUCACCUCUGGCCUAAUUGAAGUCGUCCCUUCCUCCCCUUCUGACCGCUCCUACCUCAAUCCGUACCGGGAAGCUCUCGCGGAUGCCCAGCUUUACAAAGAUAGACAAGAAGGGGUCGGGGCGCCGUGUGUUUUUUGUACCAUCCCAGAUUGUGAAGGUCCUGCAAGGAGGGGAGCGGAGGGUGAGAAGGUUGAUGGAAGGGGAGGGAUGGGAGGGAAACAUAGAGAGGAAUGUGGGCAUAUGGUUGGGAGACGGACAUGGGGAUGGGAGGGGCUUUAG